GGGGCUUAUAGCCACACGGCAUAGAUUGCAUAGAGUCUCUGUACCCAAAUAAGUAGACCUCGACGGUACUUGUAUAUAUAGACUGUCUCUACCAUAGUCUCGCCCCAAAAAUCUCAAAUAUUUAUCACAUUCGAAAACCAUUUGAAUAUUCAAAAUUGGAACUAUGACUGCGCAAGACAUCGACGUUGUGGUGGUUGGCUCUUGCAACGUAGACUACACAUGCUUCGUUGAAUCGCCGCCUAAUCCUGGAGAAACAAUCAGUGGAGAGAACUUCCGUACGAACCAAGGCGGUAAAGGUGCUAAUGUCUGUGUCAUGGCUGCACGAUGCGGUGCGAAGACUGCAAUGGCCGGAAAGAUCGGUGCUGAUGUAGGCGGCGAUUCGUACGCCUGCGAGCUCCGCAAGGAUGGCAUAGAUACAUCCAAAUUGCUUGUCGACCCUACACUUGCCACUGGUACCGCUCUCAUAAUUGUGGACGCGAAAGGCGAGAACCAAAUAGUGGUUUGUGCUGGCGCAAAUGGAGCAUAUAGCGAGGAAGAUGUGAAAGACUGCGAGUCUUUAAUUGAGCGAUGUAUUGUCAUGGUCUGCCAAUUGGAGAUUCCAUACAACUCCAGUUUAUCGGCCGCGCAAUCUGCGAAGGCAAAGGGCGUGUUCACACUAUUCAACCCCUCUCCCAUGCCAAAACCGCAAGCGGCUAAGGACUUCAUUAAACACGUAGACUGUCUUGUCGUGAACGAGCAUGAGGCCGCCAUGUUGACACAAACAAAAGAAGCUAGCAUCAACGAGAUGGCAACUGAGUUGCUGACUAUGGGACCUGCUCAUGUGAUCAUAACCAUGGGUGGUGAGGGACAGACAUAUGUUCGAAGUAAUGCGGGGUAUGUGAAUAAUACUACAGUUGAGUGGUCGGUUCCAAUAAAAUACGGGCGAAACACGGUGUCAUGUUUGCAUACGUGCACAUAG